AUGCCUCGCCAAGUCGCUCCACCACCAUCUGGCGAGUUUACUUUUCGUUUGCAGAAGCCAUUCUCUGGCACCCCAACCCACACCGUCGAAGUCAUCGGGGAGCCAAACCGUCCAGCAGUUGUCCGCGUGUCUCAAUACAACGGCGGCAACAAAUCUUCAGAGAAGACCGGCGAUGUUCCCAAGGACGACGUGAACGAGCUCACCACCCUCGUCAGCACCGUUCGAGGUUUCCCAUCUCAUCCCUCGAAAGAUGUCUACGGCCAGGACGCCAAGCUCGAGCUCAACACCUUCGAGAUCCAGUGGUCGAAUGAGGAUGAGGAUGCUGCUGCCAACGAGGUGUCUGAGAUUGCGGCGGAGACCAAGGAUGACUUCAAGCGUGUGGUGGACAGCAUCGAGGCUCUGGGUCGGACGUUUGCGAAGAAUGAUUCUGCGGUGUAA